AUUGUGUCGAGCAUGAGUUGUCUGGACUCUCUGCGUUUCCCACGCCAACCCCUAGCGUUAAUUGGGCCACUGCACCGCCGCAACGUCAUCGUAGCGUGCUGGCCCACUGUGGAGUUUUUAGUUUGAUAUUAAUCUCGUAUCUCCACUCCUAUUAGUCCAGACCAGCCAAGAUGUUUUCUUGCAGCCUGCGAUCGCCCUACCGGUACUCAAGUCUGUUUUUGUGGCGGGUGGCUUGCUGGCCCUGUUACCGAACAUACCCAUAGUAACGCUGAACAAUACACAAUACCAAACCAGCUCAUAACAUUCAGGGACUGCCUCAGGUGCGAAACUCCGCAUCGACCGUCAACAUUUUCUCCAUCGUUCCACUUUCUUUACUUCUCCUUUCCUAUACUCAUAUCCUGCCGGAUUGUAUCGAUUCUCUUUUUUCUUUUCUUUUCUUUUCUUCUCUUUCCCUUCAUAUUUAUAGUUAUAUACAGAUAUAUACGUACAGCCACAGAAUUAUUAUACGAUUAGAGAAUCCCUCGGUGAUCUUUUCUGCUCAACCGGCAUCAUGCGGGUGAUGAUCCGGUUACUACCGCUGUUGGCGGCAGCUGGCAUUCUCGCUGCAGAUGAGUCCUCGAGUUCGACCGGCACGUCUACGGGGAAGGGGAUGUUCACGCUGGAAGGGACCAUCACCGAGAAAGUCAGUGAUGCCGCCACUCCGACCGGCACCUAUCAAUCCAUCACCUCGACCAUCACGCUAGGCACCGGCCAUGGUACCGUCAUCGGCUCGCACACCCUCACAGGCUCCGACGCGAUGGUGACAACGGCGUCGAAUAGCUCCAAUACGACCACCUCCACCUCGAAUUCGGUGACGGUGCUGGGCGGCACCCAGACCCUCAACGGCACCGCCAAUGCCACCAUGACGGCCUCCGCAUCCGCCUCGGAAUCCCCGGUGGUCAACACCCAGCCCUGCAACGGAUACCCUGAAUUCUGUGCGCGGAACUAUUCCAACAUCACCGUGGUUGCGGCCCACAACAGUCCCUUUGUGCAACCAGGAAGUGUCGCCGCCAAUCAAGCGUUGGACGUCGAGGCCCAGUUGGACGAUGGAAUUCGAAUGUUACAAUUCCAGACCCAUCUCGUCAAUAACACGAUGCGCCUAUGCCAUAGCAGCUGCGAGCUGCUCGACGUCGGGACCCUCGAGGCCUAUCUGACAAAGGUGACCAAGUGGAUGAAAGCUCACCCGUACGACGUGGUCACCAUUUUGAUGGGCAACUCGGACUACGUCGAUCCGGGCAAUUUCACCGGCCCCGUCCAGAACUCCGGUCUGAUGGAUUUGGUGUAUACGCCCAGAAAGAUUCCGAUGGCCUUGGACGACUGGCCGACGCUGUCCAGCAUGAUCAUGUCCGGCAAGCGUGCGGUCAUGUUCCUAGACUAUCAGGCCAACCAGACGGCGUAUCCAUGGCUCAUGGACGAGUUUUCUCAGGUGUGGGAGACGCCGUUCUCUCCAACGGAUCGAGACUUUCCCUGUGACGUCCAGCGUCCCCCGGAUCUGGCGGCGCCGGACGCCAGGAACCGGAUGUAUAUGGCGAACCACAAUCUCAACCUCCAGAUGGACGUGCUGGGUCUCAGCCUGCUCAUCCCGAACACGGCGCUCUUGAACGAGACGAACAACGUGACCGGGUUUGGCAGUCUGGGCUUGAUGGCGAGCAAUUGUACCAAAAUCUGGGAUCGUCCCCCGAACUUCCUCUUGGUCGAUUACUACAACUACGGCCCCGUCAACGGCACGGUAUUCGAGGUCGCGGCGCAGAUGAACAAUGUGACGUACAACGGAAAGUGCUGCGGCAUGGCCAGCGCCGGCAUGAGCCUGAUGCCGCAGAGCGUCAUGGCCACCGCAGUCAUGAUCGGCGGUAUCCAAUUCCUCAUCUCUCUGUUUUGAAUCGCUUGAUAUAUAUAUUUAGUUGUAUAGAAGAUUUGGCUGGGAGUUACGAGAUACGACAGCCUGUUUACUACAUAUUUAACGAGAAACGACCUGCAGUAGCGCAUAUAGGAAGGAACAAUAUAAACUUUCACUCAACACCACUAAAUAAGUACCAUUACCAUUAUCCGAGCAAGAUGACAGACUCAUAGACUCAGCACCAAAUGAUCAAGAUAGGGCACACCCCAACCGGGUUAGCGCACCACCUGAUCCGCAUCACUCCACCGCCCGCGGAGACAAAUUAACCAUACCAACAUCAAAAACAUAUACUCAAUCCAACUAACUCCC